AUGUUUAAAGACAAGCCAUGGAUUGUGCUUGGUGAUUUCAAUGAGACUUUAAACUUGGAGGAAUAUUCGGGGCCAACUACUUCGACAAUUUCUACAGGUAUGCGGGAGUUCCAAGAUGUAUGUCGCCACUGUUCUCUCAUUGACAUGAAAGCGCAUGGCCCUCACUUAACUUGGAGCAAUAAACGAAAGGAUGAUCUGAUUCGAAAGAAGCUGGAUCGUACAUUAGUGAAUGACGUGUGGACCACAAAAUUCCCAACCACUUAUUGUGUCUUUGAGGCAGGCGGGUGCUCUGAUCACCUACGCUGUAGGAUUCAGAUCCAACCAGCCCCUUUAAAACCAAAGCGACCUUUCAAGUUCACCAACGUGGUGGCAGAGGCCCCAGGUUUCCUCCCUCUGAUGAAAAGCUUCUGGAGCAAUACCAUACCUCUACAUAACUCGACGUCUGCUUUAUUUAGGCUAUCGAAGAAGCUCAAGGAACUGAAACCUGCUCUCCGACAACUAAGUAAGGAAACUGUAGGUGACAUUACAAAGAGAACUAGAGAGGCUUUUGACAAACUUUGUCUCUAUCAGACAAAAGCGAUGGUAAACCCCACUCCUGAUACGUUGGAUGAUGAAGCUCGAGCUCAUGAUAAAUGGCAGCUUCUUUCGUCCAUUGAAGAAAAGGUCCUCAGCCAAAAGGAAAAGAUGCACUGGCUAAAUGUUGGAGAUGGUAACAAUACGAGUUUUCAUAACUCAGUGAAGAUCAGAGCAGUAAAAAACUCUAUUAGAGAGAUUCAGAAGGAGGAUGGUUCAAUUGUUACAACUCAGGAAGAGAUAAAGGCUGAGGCAGUUAAUUACUUCCAGGGGUUUCUGGCAAAACAGGUCGUGGAUCAUAAGGGAAUGGAGGUUGAUGAGAUGAAAACGCUACUGAAUUUUCAAUGUGAAGAGGCAGAUAGAGAGCUUCUAAUACAUGAUGUUCCUGCCAUUGAGAUUAAACUUGUUUUAUUCGCUAUGGCAAACAACAAAUCUCCAGGACCAGAUGGUUUUACAUCUAACCGUUUGAAGCUCAUUCUUCCAAAGUUUAUUUCUCCUAAUCAAUCUGCCUUUGUGAAAGAUAGAUUGCUGAUGGAGAACGUCCUCUUGGCAUCAGAACUAGUCAAAAGCUAUCAUAAGAACUCAGUCUCAGCAAGAUGUGCGCUUAAGAUCGACAUCUCUAAAGCAUUUGACACCGUUCAAUGGCCUUUCUUGCUCUCUGCUCUUACGGCUCUCGGGUUCCCGAGUGAAUAUAUUGUCUGGAUUGAGAAAUGUAUCUCACUUGCCUCUUUCUCAGUCCAAGUCAAUGGUGAACUAGCUGGGUACUUUAACAGUAAAAGGGGUCUUCGACAAGGAUGUGCUCUGUCUCCUUAUCUAUUUGUCAUAUGUAUGGAGGUACUCUCAAAAAUGUUAGACAAAGCAGCGGCUCAGAGGAAGUUUGGAUACCAUCCUUACUGCCAAGAUCUCAAGCUAACACACUUAAGCUUUGCUGAUGAUUUGCUCAUAUUCUCAGAUAGUAGGAGAAGUUCAGUAGACGGCAUCCUUGAGAUUUUUAAAAGCUUUGCAGAGGCUUCAGGGUUGCAUAUCAGUAUGGAAAAGUCUACUCUCUAUCUGGCCGGAUUAAAUGACACAGACAAGCAAGAAAUUCUCAGCCACUACACUUUCUCCAAUGGUGAUCUCCCGGUCCGGUACCUUGGAUUGCCUUUGCUGACAAAGCAAAUGACUGCUCAAGAUUAUGGCCCACUCAUAGAUAAAUCAUCACUGUGGGUACGGUGGAUCAACAGAUACUUAAUACGGAAAAAUUCUUUUUUGUCAGUCAAAGACAGUAGCUCUUUGGGAUCAUGGAUGUGGAAGAAAAUCUUGAAAUACAGAGCCAUGGCGAUGCGUUUCAUGAAGGUGGAAGUCAAUAAUGGAGCAUCGACAUCCUUCUGGUUUGAUCAAUGGUCCCCUCGUGGCAGAUUGAUUGACACAACAAAUGGAAGAGGCAUGAUAAAUAUGGGCAUUAAGCUUAAUGAUACAGUGGAAAAGACUAUCAACUCUCACCGCAGUAGGAGACAUCGAGAGGAAAUUUUCAACACGAUAGAAGAGGAGAUAUUGACACUGCGUCUGCGAGGUCUAAAUCACAAUGAGGAUGUCUGUCUGUGGAAAGCAGGAGAUAAUAUUUACAAAGCAGAUUUUAGUUCUAAAGCGACAUGGAACCUCAUCCGUGUUGAGCAAGCUAAAGUCGACUGGUACGAAGGUAUCUGGUUCCCAUGCAACACACCUCGAUACUCCUUUAUGGCUUGGAUUGCGGUUCAAAAUAGACUCCCCACGGGUGAUAGGAUCUUAACCUGGAAUAUGCCCACAUGGAACUCGACCCGCUUAUUUCUGCUCAGGUAUGUGUUCCAGGCGACACUAUCAACUAUUUGGAAAGAGAGGAAUGGGAGAAGGCAUGGAGAAAUAUCCAACAACCCUGCAACUUUGAUCAAAAACGUGGACAAAGCUGUCCGAAACCGCAUAUCCAGUUUGCGUUCUAUGGGAAUUCGCAAGCAUAACAAAGCCAUGGAAACAUGGUUUUCAUUUAGAUAA